AUGGAAGCAACAUGCCUAGUUGUCCUGCUCAGGUUCUGCGUCCAGAUAUUAGCCUUCCCUGCUUACUUGCUAUGGUAUCUGGGUAUCUGGGAACCCCUUUGCAAGAAGUUAUUCCCCUACUUCAUGGCUGUGGUGACCAUCUGUUAUAAUAAGCACAUGUCUGACAAGACAAAGGAAAUGUUCAGCAACCUGAAGGACUUUGCCAGUCCCACCGGGGCCCUCACACUGUUGGAGAUUGGUGCAGGAACUGGCUCCAACUUUCAGUUCUACCCCAUGGGAUGCAAAAUCAUAUGCACUGAUCCGAACCCCAACUUCCAGAAGUUUCUUGACAAGAGCCUGGCUGAAAAUCCACACGUGCAGGUGGAACGCUGUUUGGUGGCUCCGGCUGAGGACCUCCACCAGGUACCAGCUGCAUCGGUGGAUGUGGUGGUUUCAACGCUGGUGCUAUGCUCCGUGAAGAACCCCGAGCAAGUUAUGAAAGAAGUCCUGCGUGUGCUGAGACCGGUAAGUAGCUCACGCCAUGGGAAGAACAAGGACAAUUCAGUAACUGCAGGGGCAUGUGUAUUCUCGGGUGUUAGUCAAUUCUAUAUUCGUUGGGGAAUCACAUAUGCAGAAAGAUGGAUUCGGAUCCCUUGUUGUUUCUGUGUAAACCAAUUUGCUUCUGAGCUAUUUACAUUCUCACAAGUUGCAAACGUUGGAAUCACUCCCUUGCUUUUCUCCCUAACUACAGUUAGGAAGAAACAAUCCCACACUCUGUGUUAUUGAGGGCACCUUAGACAGAUCUAGACAUGCCUCUUAUUAUUUUGUCUGUUGUUGUUGUGCACUUGUGAAAGACCAAAGCAAAUUUCUAAAUGUCCUUGUCUCCAACUGGUAGAUGGUUGGGCAGGAAGGCCCAGUAUACCUGAAGCAGCAUCUCCAUCCCACUCAUUCAGCCCAGACAAUGAGGUCCAGUGCCGAGGGCCUUCUGGCGGUUCCCUCACUGCGAGAAGUGAGAUUACAGGGUACCAGGCAGAGGGCCUUCUCGGUAGUGGCACCCACCCUGUGGAAUGCCCUGCCAUCAGAUGUCAAGGAAACAAACAACUAUAUGACUUUUUAGAAGACAUCUGAAGGCUGUUUAGGGAAGUUUUUAAUGUUUGAUGUUUUAUUGUGUUUUUAAUACCCUGUUGGGCGGAUAAAUUUAUUAUUAUUAUUAUUCUCCUGAAUGUAUUUGACAGCAGCAGAUAGCCAUAGUUUUAAAGGAGAAUGCUAUAAGCAUAACAAAACCGUAACAUCUUAACUACUUUCAAACGAGGAGAUCUAAAGAGCAAUUGGAUUGUGCAAGAAUGUGCAUAAGAACAUGCUUAACUUCAAGUCCCCUUUCGCAACAGCCUAGAUUCAAGCUACAGAAGGGCAUUUGCGACCAAGGCUAUUUUAAAAGAAGUUGGAGAGGUUUUACUGCGCAGACUGUUCCAACACAUAAAUAAAUAGUCAAUUAAUUUUCCGUUAGUAUUUGAUGUUACCCUUAAGACUUCUCUUUAACUAUCGUUUCUCAGAUAUGGAUGAAUAGACAGAAAGAGGAAAGCCAAGGCUGAACUUCUUUUUUAAAACUGACCUCAUUGUAAAACAUUGUAAAAUAUGUGAAAGCCCAGAGAAUUGUACAGUGCUCUCCAGACACUCAGACACUCCUAUUUUCCAGGGACAGUCCUUCAUUUACAGAAGCUGUGCUUGUUUUUUAUUUGAUUCAGGAAUGUCCCGCUUUUCCUUAGGAUAUCCCUAUUUUCACUGGAGAAAUGUUGGAGUGUAUGGAGAUCUGCAAUCCCUGAAUCAAAGGGAUAAGUAACUAUAUAAGUUUUAGAAGACAUCUGAUGGCAGCCCUGUACAGGGAAGUUUUUAAAUGCUUCAUCUACUGGCAGAGGGUCAUGUCUGCCUUAUCCUAAACCUCCCGCAGCAGCACAGAUUAGGAAACAGAGUUACACAGAAAGUUGUGAGUGUUGAAAUUGCUACAUCCCUAUGGCCUUUACAACAAACUCUGGACAAAUCCUUCAUGGAAUAUUCCGAUUCACUCUUUGAUGCAAGGUCUGAUGAUGAUGUAAGAGUUCAUGAGGUGGGGAUAUCAGGAUUUUCACUUUGAGUCAGCAAACCGCAACUGAUCUGAAAGGAAAAGAAUUUGAAUUCUGAUAUAUGAUAAUAACUGUCAAUUGGCUUUGGUGACAAACAGCAUUUAAACAAAUCCCAAUUGCUUCCUGCAAACAUGUGAAAAUCUUUUUGUCUUCCCACCCCUUUUAGGGUUUUUUGUGUUUUUUUGUUUUGGUGGGAGCUGUAGUUUCUGUUGCUGAAAAAAAAUGUAAAUUUUGGUUUUCAAAAUGUUCCAGCUUGCAAAGCAGAAUUUUAUCAAGUGAUGGAAAUGAUAUAUUUGUGGGAAACUGAUUUUUAAGAAAGAAUGAAAGUGCUUUCAGAUUAUAUAUAUACGGUGUGUAUAUAUAUAUAUAUAUAUAUAUAUAUAUAUAAAAUUUCCAUAUACUGUACAGUGGUACCUCUGGUUACGAACUUAAUUCAUUCCGGAGGUCCGUUCUUAACCUGAAACCGUUCUUAACCUGAGGUACCACUUUAGCUAAUGGAGCCUCCUGCUGCCGCCGCGCCGUGCCGCCACGUGAUUUCUGUUCUCAUCCUGGGGCAAAGCUCUUAACCCGAGGUACUACUUCCGGGUUAGUGGAAUCUGUAACCUGAAGUGUUUGUAACCCGAGGUGUUUGUAACCCAAGGUACCACUGUAUAUAUAUUCCACCAUGAGUCAUUCUGAUUCCUCAAGAGCAAUAUAUUUUAAACUAGCAGUGGUAAAUUCUUAGGCUAGGGACAUGAUCAAGCCCAAACAGCUAUUAUCUUUCUCCCUGCACCACCGCCAAUUUGGACAGCUGCAAAUUGGAUGUAAAUUGCCCUCUCCUCGGUCAUCAGAUAGUUCAUUUGAUGAGCCAGGAAAAGGAUAGCUCCCUUUUCAACUCUUACAUCUGGAUGGAUCCAUACUGACUUUUGGUCUUUCUCAGCAUUGGCAUGCAACUCUCAAAGGGUUUGCUAAGCAUGACUGCAACCUUGGGCCCAAAAGGUUAGUUAGUUAUCCCAGUUCACAAUCCUAAAAGCACCCAACAUAAAUAAACUUCGGAAUUUUGAACAGUUUACAUACCAGUUCACAGUGUACCGGUCCUUGAAUUUACAGUUUUCACAAUCAGUUAUUUGAGAAACGAGCCCUUAAACUCAACCUGUUAAUCAUUAACAUGUCCAAGGACAGAACUGGGGUCAAGUUUGACAAUGAUACCAAAUUUUCACGUUGAUUAAUGCAAAAGUGGUUGUGAAAAGCUCCAAAAGGAUUUCUCCAAACCAUAGAACCAACUCCUAGGGGCCGAGGUCCCAUUGACCCCACGAAUAAAAUAUUUGAGGGGCCGGGAACCCCAUAGGUGAUGGGCAAUACGAUUAAAAUGGAGUGUUUCAGUGUACUACUUCUUGUGGUUGAUUAUAUGGGGAGGGGCAUACCUGGCCUUCCGCAAUAUUUUAUUCAAGUUGGCACUCCUGCUCCAAACUGAGCGAAUGGGCAUUAAAAUGGCCAAUGAAGUUCAAAGUAAUCAAGUGUAGAGUGCUUUGGGGGUGAUAAAUAAAUAUAAAAUCACGUAUAACCUCAGGAAUCUGAAUUGGUGGUAAGUGACCAGGGAUGAGACUUUGCAGCCAUAGCAGAUAGUUUGGUGAAGAGGUUGACCCAGCUUGUAGCAGCUGUGAGAAAAGGCAAAUAUGGAGAUGUGUAAUGUCAUGCUCGGAAUGGAGAAAGCAGACAGAGAAAUCAUAGAAUUGUAGAAUUAGAAGGGAGCCUGGAGAUCAUCUAGUCCAAUCCCCUACAAGGAAGGAAUAUGCAGCUGUCCCAUACAGGGAUCAAACCUGCAACCUUGCCGUUCUCAGCACCACGCUCUAACCAACUGAGCAGUCUGUGUUCCUCUCAUAAGACUAGAACCCCAAAGCCAUCCAAUGCAACUGAAUGUGGGAAGAUUCAGGACAGAAUUCAGGGAGGCAGUGGCUGUUGCCAUGAAAAAUUAACAGCACUCUGAUACCAUUAGCGCUGAUUAUGCAAAGGAAUAUCUGUGGCACUGCAAAGGAGAAUAGAAAGUAACGUAUAUGCAUCCAUUUCUGUUUCUCCAGGGUGGCGCUUUCUACUUCCUAGAACACGUUGCAGGUGCUCCUUCCAGCUGGACUCUCUUCUGGCAGCAGAUCUAUGAUCCAACUUGGAUCUGUCUGUUUGACGGGUGCCACUUGGCCAGAGAAACCUGGAACGACCUGGAAAAAGCUGGCUUCUCAGAGCUGAAGCUACGGCACAUACAUGCUCCUUUAAAAUGGCACCCUACUAGGCCGCAUAUCAUAGGUUAUGCUGUAAAGUAGCUUGGAAAUAAAUUUCUGAACAAAAUCUCCACGCAGGUGUCUCUGGGCUGGGGUGUAGAACCUAAUCAUAAGAAUUAUAGCACAGCCCAUCACUAUGUCACCUAUGGCCUGUGAACCUCUUGCGCAAUCUGUAAUUGGAUGCACACACAUGUAUGUUAUCGCCAAUCCAUUUUUUACUUCCACUUGACAGACUGUCCAGCUACCUUCACUUUCCACAAUCCAGCUUCUCCCAUGCAGAUGUGAACGUUGUCAUAACACAUAGCUUGGGCUUGCCUCAUUCACUUACACGUGAGCAUGCAUGAACUCCCAUUACUAUUCUCCCUGGAAGCAUCUGAUCCCCAUGGAGGUUGGGAUAUCAGAAGAAGAAGAGUUUGGACUUGAUAUCCCGCCUUUCACUCCCCUUAAGGAGUCUCCAAGCGGCUAACAAUCUCCUUUCCCUUCCUCCCCACAACAAACACUCUGUAAGGUGAGUGAGGCUGAGAGACUUCAGAGAAGUGUGACAAGCCCAAGGUCACCCAUCAGCUGCAUGUGGAAGAGCGAGAAGCGAACCCAGUUCACCAGAUUACGAGUCCACCGCUCUUAACCACUACACCACACCAUUGUCCAUUACCUUAAACAGAAUUUCUUUUUAAUUUGGAAGAUGACUGAGAGGUUCCUAUCGCAGGUGCUGCCAGUGUGGUGCUUGCAGGCACACGCGUACUAACAGAGGCCUUUCCUGAAACCCACGGAGUCCCUUCCCUGCACUUAAAGCAAUGUUUUAUUGCAGCCGGUAUAACAGAUUGUGGGUUGUGCCCACAACAGCUUCUCUGGUUUGCUAACGUGCCCUCAGGCACUUUUUGUAGUCCUUGUUUAUUGCUAUUUACACAACGGGCAAGAGCCAGCCUAAUUUCAAUCAUCAUCACUGCUGCCAGUUGCCUUUACGGCACUUCUCUUACGUUCCUGCAGGCUUCUGAUAUCCAUGAAUCUGUCUGCUCCCUUUCCUGCGUCUCCCCUUCUUGCGUUUCUUCCCUGCCCUCUCUCUCCUCCCCCACCGUGGGCUGGGAAUCUCUCUUCGCUUCAGUCUCUCCUCCUUUUGAAGCCCUCUUCCCUCUCUUCUUCCUGUCUCUCAUACAGUUCAGGCUCACUGAUAUAACUUAUGUCAGGGAGUUCUGACAUAAGUACCGUAUUUUUCGCCCCAUAGGACAUACCGUCCCAUAGGACGCACCUACAUUAUUUGGGGGAAUAAAGGGAAAAAUUAUUUCCCCCAGGCGUGGGCUGGCACGGGAAGCCCGAGCUUCCUGACCCCAGCCCCCAGAACAGGCUGCCGCCCCAAGCCUUGAGCGCCCAGCAGGACCUCCCACCGGGCGCGCGAGGCUUGCAGACAUCUGCCCGAAGCACGGGGUGCCCUCCGGGGCGGGAACUCCCCCGGGCUCGCAAGGCUUGCGGAUAGCUUCCUGAAGCCUGGAGAGCGAGAGGGGUCAGUGCGCACCGAUGCCUCUCGCUCUCCAGGCUUCAGCAAAAGCCUGCAUUCGCCCCAUAGGACGCACACACAUUUCCCCUUCAUUUUUGGAGGGGAAAAAGUGCGUCCUAUAGGGCGAAAAAUACGGUAUAUGAUGCAAACUACUAAUAAUUAUAAAUAGCAGAUUGUAGGCCCCUAUAUAUGGAAAUGAGCAAACCAGUGAUAUUUUAGGGGGCAGGCUAGCAGGUGGGGCCCAUUACUUACAUCAUAGGAGCCUACACAACAUAAAACACUCUUGCUGUAUGUAGGUUUUAUUUUACUUUUUUAUCUUACAUUUUGGAAAUGUACAUCCAAGUUUUUUUCCUUUAAUUUUUGGGGGGCCCCAACAGAGUGGGGCCCUACACUAUAGCUUGCUUAGCUUAUACAGUACGUAAAUCCAGCACUGAUCCUGCUACAGGGCCCACUUAUUCUGAAAGGAUCGCUGUAUGCCUAUAUUCUAAUCUCAACAGAAGGGUUUUUAUCCUAGGCUAAGAAAUUAGGCCUUGACUCCGUAAGCUGCGGAAAACCUUUUUUUUUUUGAAAAAAAAUCCUUAACCUGCGGGGUCAGAAUUUCACUAAAAUUCUGACAUCAUCCAAUUCACUCAUAAAUGGUGCCAAACUGUUGCAAACGCCACCCUGAAAGGUUUGGUGGUGAAAACAAAAGGGUUUUUAUCCUAGGCUAAGAAAUCAGGCCUUGACGCUUUAAGCUGCGCAAAAUCUUUUUUUGAAAAAUCACAAAAAUCUGACGUUAUGCAGUUUAGGUUAAUUUAUAAUUAACCUAAAGUAGGUAAUAAAACCAUCAGGUGUCCAUGUCUCUUCUGCCACCGAGAGAACAAAAGAACAGCCAGAGCGGCAGCUGCCAAGAUGUUAUUCUUAUUUCAGACAAUUCCAAUAAUUAGGGGACAGCGAGUUUAAAGAGUGGCAAAGAGCAAUUUCAAGAUAUAUCUGGCAGGGUAAGAAGCCAAGAAUUAUGUAUAAGUUAUUAACGGAUGCGAAAGAAAGAGGAGGCUUCGCCCUGCCAGACUUGAAAUUAUAUUAUGAAGCUUCAUGUCUCUGCUGGCUGAAAGAAUGGAUAAAGUUAAAAAAUACUGAGUUAUUGGAUUUAGAAGGUUUUGAUAACAGAUUUGGCUGGCACGCAUAUCUAUGGUGUGAGAAAAGAAAGAUUCAUAAAGGCUUGAAAACCACAUCUUUAGAAGAUCUCUCAUAGAAAUAUGGGAGAGAUAUAGAAGUUUAUUAGAAACAAGAACUCCCCACUGGCUAUCUCCGUUAGAAGUUAUGAGUCUUAAGAAAGUUAAUAUGAGGGGGAACUGGGUUACAUAUAAAGAAUUGAUUAUAAAGGAAGGAGGAAAAUGGAAAAUGAAACCCUAUGAAGAAGUGAAAGAGUAUGUGUAUGAUUGUUUGCAUUAUUAUCAGGUUAACGAAAUGUUUAAAAAGGACUUAAAAGAAAGAGGUUAUGAGGAAAAGAAUCUAAAUUUCAAAUAGAAAUAAUAAACAAUGAAAAUAAAAUUUUGUCCAAAAUGUAUAAAAUCUUGCUAGAAUGGUAUACAAAAGAUGAGGAAGUUAAAUCGGUUAUGAUACACUGGGCCAGAGAUUUGGGUUAUAACAUACAGUUUAACGAUUGGAUAAAACUGUGGAAUGAAAAUAUAAAAUUUACGGCAUGUACUGCAUUAAAGGAAAAUGUUAUGAAAAUGAUUUAUAGAUGGUACAUCACACCUGUGAAACUGGCAAAAAUGUAUAAAACAUGUAAUAAGUGUUGGAAAUGUAAAGAAAAAGACGGAACAUUUUACCAUAUGUGGUGGGACUGUAAGAAGGUGAAGGGCUUCUGGGAAAUGAUCUAUAAUGAGAUGAAAAAGAUGUUGAAAUAUACGUUUGUUAAGAAACCAGAGGCUUUUCUUCUAGGAAUAGUAGGAAAUGAAAUAAAUAGAAUGGAUUGUAAACUUUUCCAAUAUGCAGUAACAGCAGCGAGAAUAUUAUUGGCCCAAAAAUGGAAACAGGAACAACUGCCGACGGUCGAAGAAUGGAGAAUGAAACUAUGCUGAACUAGACAAACCAACAGGAAAGAUCAGAUAUAUACGAGAUCAAAAGUUCAUUGAAGACUGGGGAAAAUUUUCAGACUAUCUGAAAUGUGUAUGUGAUGAGCAAAUAACGCUAGUGGGAUUUCAAGAAGUUCUGUAAAUGAUAGAGGACUAUUGUAUUGAUGAAAACUAAGGGUGUGAAGGUUUAUAAAAUGCAAUAUAAAAUUAGGAAAUGUGUAUUUAAACAUUUGAAUAAUGGAUGAUUGUCAGAGAGAUUGAAGGAAGUCAAAAAGAGAAAAUAUGUGAUAAAAUUUAGAUAGGAUAUUAUAAAUGUAUGUUGGAAAAUUUAAUUAUAUAUAUAUAUAUUGAACAGCCAGAGCGAAUAAAAGUAAAGCAUUUGCAGGGCAGGACUGCUGCUCAAGUCUGCAGCUGCUUGAGACAAAAAAACAAACCCACAAGGGAAGCAAAUAUAUUACUGAAGACUACCGUAGUUUCAACUCAGGGGUAGCCAAUCCUUCCACCCCAACAUUUUUCAGCGCAGUUUUGGUGUGAAAGAGUUCUGCCAUGGGAAAAGGUUUCUCCUUAUAUUUAGGAAAAGCUUGUAACAAAUUUAAACCAACAUUCACUUUGGGUUACUACAGGACCGCACAGUACACUGCUGCAAUAAAGUGUAAGAAUACCCUCUAAAUGAGAUUAUUUCCCUCUUAAAGACAGCAAAUACAGUUUUACGUUCCUCUGACGGGCAAGAUUACAAGUGCAUGCACAAACCAUGUUAUUGGCGAGUUUGUGUGUGUGUGUGUGUGGAGUUUAUUAACAAUAUUUCUUUCCACUGUUACGGUAAAAUCUGGGUGCGGGGUUACUCUGCCACCCAGCUCGUCGGACUGAGUCCGCGGGUCCCUGCGGGAGAAAAUGAGCUCAGCCGGAGACGGGAGCAAGUUCCAGGAGAUCCAAGUUUAUUGCGCAACAGGUUCAAGACGAGAUUGAACAGCGAGAAAGGGGUGACAUUAACUUUGAAAUUUCCCUCCAUGUCCCAGAAUACAGUGCAAAAUACAUCCCAGUUACAUCAUGAAUACAUUAAGAAGAGGUUGGGUUACACAGAUUACAUCACGAAUAUAUUAGGAAGAGGUUGGGUUACACCGGAUUAACAUAUGGAGGAGGGAGGGGGGAAUAUGCAGAGCUGGAGAUAUGCGCAGAUAAGCACAUCCUGAGAAGACAAUGGUCCAUGUAUGCAUAGUCUGUCACCUGGCAUCGCCCGGAGGAAGGGCUUGGCAGAGCGAUUUGACAGGAUUAGGGUCUUGACACCUUGCUUGAGGGAUUAUGGAGGGCAGGGAGGUGUCAUGGAGUCCUAGAGAAAUUGAGCAAAUUGGCAAGUUGAUUUUCUAUGAAUUUUAUAGAUUUUAGUCCCUUUUGACAUUGGCAAUUGGAAAUAAAUGGAUAUAUUGUAGCGAAGAAGGUGAAGAAGAAGACCUGCCCCCCCCUUCCGUAUCACCACCCUUUGAGAUCUUUGAGGACUGGAAGCAACACAUAAUAACAAGCCCCACCAUCGAGACUCUGCGACUGACUUUCUCUUCUCCUCUGCCUUUGCUGUUUUCUGCCCUCCUGCUAACAUGGAAGCAACAUGCCUAGUUGUCCUGCUCAGGUUAUGCGUCCAGAUAUUAGCCUUCCCUGUUUACUUGCUGUGGUAUCUGGGUAUCUGGGAACCCCUUUGCAAGAAGUUAUUCCCCUACUUCAUGUCUGUGAUGACAAUCAGUUAUAAUAAGCAGAUGUCCGACAAGAAAAGGGAAAUGUUCAGCAAAGACUCUCCUCCCUGGAAGAGAGGGGAGUGGUUGUGGGCGGGAGCCCGAGCACCGCCCCUAGCAGGGGGCAUUAGCCCCCUGCCUCCUCCUCUCACCUGGCUGGCGCCCACGCCCCCUUGGCAGGCAUCCAACCAGGUGCCUUCGAGGGGGCGUGUUCAGCAGCCUUUUGCGGUGGUGCCAGCCUCUCCUCGGCCUCAUUCUUCUCCGUCCUCUGGGAGCAAUGGUACUGCUUUGAAGUGUUCCAGAUCCAUUUCCUGUUCUCCCAAUGAGCAGGGCAGCUGUGGGCAAAAUUGCAAAGAAGUACAAUAAUGAUUUAGUUCUUAGUCCUAUAAUCUAGUAAGCCUUUAAGACCAACAGUCGAAAUCGCAUAAUUUCAAUGCUUUAACUAUAUUAGGGAACAUGUAUAGUUAGUAAACAAAUUGCUAGUUUGGUGAGAAAUAACACUUCACUGAAGUGGAUAACGCUUUGGCCAAGAGCUCACCUUUGGCAAUCUUCUAGAACAUGUUGCAUAUGUAGCAGUUCUUUCUAGCUAGAGUGAAACUGAAACCUGACAUUUACAGUACCAGAUAUAAGUGUUCUGGAAUGUCCUGGCUGUGUCUGUAGUACAACAGUUUUGGAAAUCUGUAGGAGAGCAUCCCACCAAUCUCUUGUCAUACUAACAAUCGUGUUAUCAACUAACAAUCAAAAGUGCUAAAAUUUUAGCUACAUUGGCAACAGGAUGUUGGCUAGAAGCAACUGGUUUUCUGAAGCUAAAACUUACAAUUUUGUUCUAGGAGUUACUUGAUCACAAUAUAGAACUAUUUGUUUAUUCCUUAAGAGUUUUACACAUGAUGAAAACGUAUACUCAAGCAGAUAUUUUUAUAAUCACUGUACUAUACUAUGAUACAGUGCAUAAUGAACAUCCACAUUCAGUUAGUCUGUGUGCCAGCCCCCUUCAGAUUCAGCACAGAGAGCACCAAGUGACUCAGAAACAAAUCAGAAGUUUAAAAGUCAUGAUACAAAAUGAGUCUUGGGGCCUAUGUGCAUACCUAACCUUAAAAAUAAAAUAAAAUAACAAAAACAAACCAACCAACCAACCAACCGCACCACAGGGUAAGACUCCCAAAAUCGGUUAAGACAGACCUUGAGAUCUGGAUCACGUUUCUGGAACGCUACAAUGGAGUCUCCUUAUGGCAGGAAAUCCUCAACCUGUCCUCAGAUUUCCAGGUUCACUGAUGCCGCUGGGUCCUUGGGCUUCAGUUUAUUCUUUAGGGGAUGCUGGUGUGCUCAACAAUGGCCAGCAGAGGAGCAAGGCGAGGCUAUCACGUGGGAUCUCACUUUUCUGGAGUUUUUUCCCCCCUUAGUUGUGGCUGUUCACAUUUGGACUGAGGAGUUCCAGAAUCGCCGGGUGUGCUUCAGAACUCAUAACCAAGCAGUGGUCAACAUACUGGCUAAACAGUCAUCGCGUUCCGAGAGGGUGUCGCGCCUACUCCAAUCAUUCGUCCUCCAGUGCCUCGCUUCCGAGCAUUAGCUCCCAGGGCUCAGCCACUGCCAGAACCCGUUCCGGAGCACCUGUGGAACCUUGGAGACGUGAAGUGAUUAAGGGAGUAUUAGCAUCUGUCGCACCCUCUACGCUUAGAUCAUAUAGGAAGGUCUGGUGUGAUUUCAUGGGGUUCAGGUCCAAAGUAUCCUCCCUUUCCACCAAUGUUACCCCCUCCACAGAAAACGUUCUGCAAUACUUAACACACCUUCAUGGCCUAGGUUGAGCCUCGAAAACUUUGAGGAUACACAUAGCCGCUAUCACAUUCUUUAGUAGACCCAUGUUUUUCCACCGAUUCGUGCUGUGACUUUAUGGUCCGCAGGGCAAUUGAAGGUUGCAGUUGACUGCAGCCUCCAAGUAACAAAGGCUGCAAGCCUAUUUCUUACAAGCUGCUGUCCCAAAUCCGUAUGAAACUUAGGUCAAUUUGCUGGUCCAAGUUCGAGGCCCGGGUGUUCUCUGCGGCAUACGUUAUAGCCUCCUUUAGGCCGGGCCUCCAAAACGUUAAAGAUACACGUAGCCGCCAUCAGCUUCUUUGUAAAGCCAUGUUUUCCUCCGACCCGUGCAGUGACUUCCUGAUCCGCAGAGCUAUUGAAGGUUGGGGUAAGCUGCAACCCCUAGAGCCGAGGGCCAUAAGCCAUUUUCUUACAGGCUGCUCUCUCAAAUACGCAUAAAGCUUAAGUCGAUCUGUUGGACCAAGUUUGAGGCCCGCCUCUUUUCCGCAGCAUAUGCUAAGCCAAUUCCUUACGGGCUGCUCUCUCAGAUAUGCACAAAGUUUAGGUCAAUCUGCUGGACCAAGUUUGAGGCCCGCCUUUUUCCCCCCCGCUGCAUAUGCGAUCACCUUUUGGCGCCUUGAGGGUCGGUGAAGUAGUAGCCGAGGUUAAUGCAACUGGGUCAACGCGCGGCCUCCUCACGGAGGACUUGCAGUUGUCCGAAGCUAGCACGACGGUGUGGAUACAUCAAUCCAAAACGGAUCAGGCAGGUAGGGGUUCCCUUGUAAAACUUACAGCUUCAGCGCAGCGGGGCCCAUGCCCGGUCAAGGACACUAGAUGGUACCUUUACCUCAGACUGCCUGGUUCUGGCCUGCUCCUGGUUCACGAGGAUGGGUCACCUUUGUUGAGACACCAAUUCACAAGGGUACUCCGCAAAGCUAUUGAUGCCUGUGGUUUAUCUUCCCAGGAUUAUGCUGCACACUCAUUCAGGAUUGGCGCCACCACAACAGCGGUGCUCUUGGGUCUGCCAGCGGAUAGGAUUAAAGAAAUGGGCCGGUGGAAAUCCAAUGCUUAUAAAAGUUAUAUUCGCUAGAAUGCGCUCUGCUAUAUUACCCCUACUUACCUCCUUUUCUGUCCUUUCAUCCUCAGCUGUGAUCAGGAGAAGCGUGUGGAUUUGCGGCCACAGUAUAGUCCAUUGGGCCCGCAUAUGGGCGGUCAGCUGCGGCCUUGCGCCUAAUCUUGGUCUGCCACACGGUGUUCGAGUUUCCUGGUUCUCGAGAAGAGGCAUGCGCUGGGAAGAGCUUAUGCCAUUGCUGUGGGAAAAAGUCGCCACGUUCGGCCCUCCCGGCAUCCUUGUCAUUCAAUUAGGGGAAAUGACCUUGCUUACAGAAGGAGUGCGGACUUGUUGUGGAAUAUAAAAAGAGACUUGGAUGCAUUUGCUGCCUUGUGCCCCAGAACAACGGUGUUCUGGUCCUCCUUCCUGAAGAGAAUUUUUUGGCGCGGUGCGCUGAGCUGUAUGGCCAUUGAAAAACCAGGAAACUCGUAAAUCGGGCAGUGGCCCGUUGGGUGCGCUUCAUGAAUGGCCGAGUCAUUUAUCAUGACCAAAUCCGGAUCGGCGACUGGGCCUUAUACCGGAAUGACGGGGUGCUUCCCUCUGACCAGGGGAACGACAUUUGGCUAGAUAGUGUCAUCAGCAGCAUUAGGGAUUGGUUACAGCCGUGAGGGUAUUGGCGGCGAGCCUUAUUGGCUCGGGUGACGGUUAGGCAUUGGAAUAAUGUGUUGUGGUGUGUCGAAGGGCUGGGUGUGGCCAUCGCCUAUGCCUUCAAUUUUUGGGUAUUCCGUUAAAGGAAUCUGGCGGUCGUGUACUCUGUCCGAUGCCUGCUUGGCGGGAGGCCAUGGCACGACCCCCGGUGACAUCAGGGGAGAGCCUAUAGUUGGAUUAGCAUCAACAGGCUCCACCUACUGGUGAAUAACCCCCUUGUUUUAGACAUCCAAUGCCUAAGCCAAUACCUUUUCACUGCUGUAAUCAAUAAAGUUGUGGCCUUUUCUUGCCCAUUAACCUUAUAUCACGUGUCCUUGUGUAUUUAUUUCACAUCACGGGGGUCGGGUCCUCGAACCACAACCUGAAGGACUUUGCCAGUCCUACGGGGGCCCUCACACUGCUGGAGAUUGGUGCAGGAACUGGCUCCAACUUUCAGUUCUACCCCGUGGGAUGCAAAAUCAUAUGCACUGAUCCGAACCCCAACUUCCAGAAGUUUCUCAACAAGAGCCUGGCUGAAAAUCCACACGUGCAGGUGGAACGCUGUUUGGUGGCUCCGGCUGAGGACCUGCACCAGGUACCAGCUGCAUCGGUGGAUGUGGUGGUUUCAACACUGGUGCUAUGCUCCGUGAAGAGCCCCGAGCAAGUUAUGAAAGAAGUCCUAUGGGUGCUGAGACCGGUAAGUAGCUCACGCUGUGGGAAGAACAAGGACAAUUCAGUAACUGCAGGGGCAGGUGUAUUCUCGGGUGUUAGUCAAUUCUAUAUCCGUUGGGGAAUCACAAAUGCAGGUAGAUGGAUUCGGAUCCCUUGUUGUUUCUGCAUAACUACGGUUAGGAAGAAACAAUCCCACACUCUGUUAUUGAGAGCACCUUACACAGAUCUAGAAAUGCCUCUUAUUAUUUUGUCCGUUGUUGUUGCGCACUUGUGAAAGACCAAAGCAAAUUUUUAAACAUGCUUGUCUCUGAUGUUGAAACUGAUAAGAGGGUUGGGCAGGAGGGCCCAAUAUACCUGAAGCAGCCUCUCCACUCCCGUCGUUCUGCCCGGACACUGAGAUCCAGCUCCGAGGGCCUUCUGGCGGUUCGCUCACUUUGAGCAGUGAAGGGAACCAGACAGAGGGCCUUCUCGGUAGUGGCGCCCACCCUGUGGAACGCCCUGCCAAGGAAAUAAACUUUUAGAAGACAUUUGAAGGCAGCCCUGUUUAGGGACGUUUUUAAUGUUUGAUCUUUUAUCGUGUUUUUAAUAUUCUGUUGGGAGCCAUCCAGAGUGGCUGGGGAAACCUGUAUGUAUGAAUAAAUAAAUAAAUAAAUAAAUUAUUAUUAUUAUUAUUAUUAUUAUUAUUAUUAUUCCUCCUCCUCACAUUUCAGCCUCUCUGCAUUUGUUUUGUGCCGAUCCCCACCUGCCUUUAAAAAAAAAGAAAAAUAGAAUGAUUCAUGUUUGGGAAUGGCUUUUUAAACACAUUAUAGCCUCUCUUUCCUUUUGAAGCAUAGUGAGUAAAAUGUAUUUGUUUCACCCACUGAGAUUUCCUUGACAUCUUCCAUCUCUGCUUAACAAUGAAACUGGCAAAGUCGGGGGCAAACUCAAAAUCACCCUUGGCUAAGCUGUUAACUGACUCUAGGCUUCCGGGUUGGCGCCAUCGCCGAAUGGCGGACUCCCUCCGAGUUCCGGAGGGAGUCUGCUCGGCAGGGGCUGGGUCCUACCGCGCCGGCGACGCGGGGACCCUUAAAAACCACGGGCACGGAGUCCGUGGACAUGGGUGACUCGGCUUGCACCAUUAGCGCCCUCCCGACUCGUGAAGGAGCCUUUUAAAGGCUUCGGAUCGGAGUGCCGGGGAGCGGCGUGGUGCUUUGAGUCCUCUGCUUUCCCUGCCGAGCGCAGCCGCAUGCCAUUCGACGGAGAGCGCUGACUUCUUCCAUUGAAAAUUUGGACUAUUAACAACAACCCGUGAGUAAUUGGGAAACCGGGUUCAAAAUUUGGAUUGGCACGAGCGGGGCGAUUUAAAAGGAAGUCAAUCCCCCUACUGUAAGCAUUCCAAAACAAGGACUGGGUAACCAAGGUCCAAAGGGAAGUAUAUUCUUGAUAAAAACCAUUAAUUUCACGAUGGGAAAUUAUAAGAACUGUGCUGGAGGAGAAGAGUGGAGGGUGAGAAGAAAAAUGCAACCCCCCCCCUGGGAACCGGGGCGAUUCGUGGAGCCGGGUGAAGAGAGACGGAGACUUUGACAGCUGUCAAAGUGGCUGUCAAAGUUGGAGAAUAUAAAGAGGACUUUGUUAUGAGGACUUUGCCGGUUAAUUUUGCUACAAUUUGCUACAAUAUGGAUAUAAACUGUUGGAAAAUAAGCAACAAGUUGACUUUUGGAUUAGAGGAUACAAAGUUAUUACAAUCCCCUAGAGGGGUUUCGGGAUAUUACAAGAACGGUCGUAAGUGGAAAAAUACUCUGGGAUUCGCACAGGACUUGUUAUCUUUUGGGAAAGCUGCAAAACUGAAAUAGUAUUUUGUCUACAGAGGUAUUUACAUUAAAGGAGACAAUAGAAUUUUCUAUUGAAGAAAGGAAGGGACUGGACGUAAGUUUUUGUUCCUGAAUAACAAACCUCUGCAGAGAUACCAGAUUUCUGAAUUAGAAAGUUUUAGCAGCUGAACAGGACAAGAAACCUGAGAAAGUGAGGAAAAGAAGAACAAAGGACUGAUUACGACACGGAAAGAACAACGGGAGGAGUGGUAAAGAUCAAGGAAAUUAAAGGCCUUUGUUAGAUUGGACACUUGAAGUUACAUAUUAUUAAUAAAUUAAAAGAAAACCGGCAAGAUGGAAUCGGGAGAAAUUUGGUCAUGAAUUGAGACUUCAAGCUGAUAAUGCAUAGACUGAUGGAUAUGGGGAAUUCAAACCGGGGAAGGGGGAGAUUUGAAAUCCAAAGGCUGUGCAACCAUCUUUUGAAUUUUUCUAUAUCUUUUAUUUUUAUUUUUUACAUAACUUACGAUGUCAUUUUAUUUUGAUUGGACGUGUUUAAAAAAGGGAAUUCGUGGAAGGAACUGGGGUGGAUCUUGGGGAAAAUCUGUUUCUUUUCUUGUUAAUGAUGUGGGACGGUGGUAAGAUUUGUACAAUUCAAUUUGGAUAGUGGGUUAAACAAAUUAAGCUUCAAAUUGGGAGUGAGAGCUUGUAGAACUAAAUUAAGGAAAGGGGAAUACAGUCGGGGGGGGGGAGGGGGGGAGUCCCAGAAAGUAGGCAAUGAAAGUAAGGUUUUUAAAUAUCUUUUUUUCUUUUUCUUUUUUUCUUUGUAUUUUUAUAUUUUUGGAAAUUUUAAUAAAUAUGAUUUAAAAAAAAAAAAAAUAAGCUGUUAACUGACUCUAGUGACAGAUCCCAUACCCUCCAACAUUUAUUUGAUGAAAAUAGGGACAUCCUAUUAAACAACAACAGCAGCAAUUGUAUUAUUGGUUGCCCCAACCACUCUGGGCUGCUUUCAACAUACAUAAAAACAUAAUAAAACAUAAAACAUUUUUUAAAAAUCCCUAUACAGGGCUGCCUUCAGAUGUCUUCUAAAGGUUGUAUAGUUACUUAUCUCCUUGGCUUGGGGGUCACAUAAAUCCAUAUCCUCCAACAUUUCUCUGAUGAAAAUAGGGACUGAGGAAAAGCAGGACAUUCCAGGAUCAAAUCAGAAACCGGGACGUAAUUUCUAGGGCUCUUACCAUAGGGACAUGAUCCAGACCUAAACAGGUAUUAUCUUUCUCCCUGCAACACCACCAAUUUGGACAGCUACCACAAAAAAUAAAAUAAGGUAGCAUUAAGUGCAGAGUAGACCUAUUAAAAUGAAUGAACCUCUCUUAGUCACCGUGAUUACCGUAAUUUCAAUAGGUCUACUUAGUUAAACACCUGCCAGGGUACUAGGGUAGAUGAAGUUAUUUAAACCUCUCCUUCAAGCCCAGUGGCCUGAUGGGGAUGUAAAUUGCCCUCUCCUCGGUCAUCAGUUAAUUUAUUUGAUGAACCAGGAAAAGGGAUAGCUCCCCUUUUCAACUCUUACAUCUGGAUGGAUCCAUACUGACUUUUGGUCUUUCUCAGCAUUGGCAUGCAGCUCUCAAAGGGUUUGCUAAACAUGACUGCAACCUUGGGCCCAAAAGGUUAGUUAGUUAUCCCAGUUCACAAUCCUAAAAGCACCCAACAUAAAUAAACUUCGGAAUUUUGAACAGUUUACAUACCAGUUCACAGUGUACCGGUCCUUGAAUUUACAGUUUUCACAAUCAGUUAUUUGAGAAACGAGCCCUUAAACUCAACCUGUUAAUCAUUAACAUGUCCAAGGACAGAACUGGGGUCAAGUUUGACAAUGAUACCAAAUUUUUCACGUUGAUUAAUGCAAAAAGCGGUUGUGAAAAGCUCCAAAAGGAUUUCUCCAAACCAUAGAACCAACUCCUAGGGGCCGAGGUCCCAUUGACCCCACGAAUAAAAUAUUUGAGGGGGCCGGGAACCCCCAUAGGUGAUGGGCAAUACGAUUAAAAUGGAGUGUUUCUGUGUACUACUUCUUGUGGUUGAUUAUAUGGGGAGGGGCAUACCUGGCCUUCCCCAAUAUUUUAUUCAAGUUGGCACUCCUGCUCCAAACUGAGCGAAUGCGCAUUAAAAUGACCAAUGAAGUUCAAAGUAAUCAAGAGUAGAGUGAUUUGGGGGUGAUAAAUAAAUAUAAAAUCACGUAUAACCUCAGGAAUCUGAAUUGGUGGUAAGUGACCAGGGAUGAGACUUUGCAGCCAUAGCAGAUAGUUUGGUGAAGAGGUUGACCCAGCUUGUAGCAGCUGUGAGAAAAGGCAAAUGAUGGAGAUGUGUAAUGUUAUGCUCCUAAUGGAGAAAGCGGACAGAGAAAUCAUAGAAUUGUAGAAUUAGAAGGGAGCCUGGAGAUCAUCUAGUCCAAUCCCCUACAAGGAAGGAAUAUGCAGCUGUCCCAUACAGGGAUUGAACCUGCAACCUUGCCGUUCUCAGCACCACGCUCUAACCAACUGAGCAGUCUGUGUUCCUCUCAUAAGACUAGAACCCCAAAGCCAUCCAAUGCAACUGAAUGUGGGAAGAUUCAGGACAGAAUUCAGGGAGGCAGUGGCUGUUGCCAUGAAAAAUUAACAGCACUCUGAUACCAUUAGCGCUGAUUAUGCAAAGGAAUAUCUGAGGAAAUACAAAGGAGAAUCGAAAGUAACUUAUAUGCAUCCAUUUCUGUUUCUCCAGGGUAGCGCUUUCUACUUCCUAGAACACGUUGCAGGUGCUCCUUCCAGCUGGACUCUCUUCUGGCAGCAGAUCUAUGAUCCAACUUGGAUCUGUCUGUUUGACGGGUGCCACUUGGCCAGAGAAACCUGGAACGACCUGGAAAAAGCUGGCUUCUCAGAGCUGAAGCUACGGCACAUACAUGCUCCUUUAAAAUGGCACCCUACUAGGCCACAUAUCAUAGGUUAUGCUGUAAAGUAG